CGCUCCAACCACCGCCAUCAUGUCUGAAUACGUCAGGGUUGAGAAGAUCGUCCCCAAGUUCCCCCCGCCAGCCUUCAGCGACAUCGCUAAGGCUUCCAACGACCUUAUCAACAAGGACUUCUACCACACUGCCGCAGCGGCCCUUGAGGUCAAGCUCAAGGCUCCCAAUGGCGUGAACUUCACCGCCAAGGGCACCUCGGCGCACAAUGGCCCGGUCACCUCUUCGCUUGAGGGCAAGAAGGCUCUUUCCAACGGCAUCAGCAUCACUCAGUCGUGGAACACUGCCAACCUCCUGGCCACCAAGGUCGAGCUCAACGACACCUUCGCCAGCGGCUUGAAGGCCGAGAUCCUCUCCAACUUUGCCCCCAACGCCGGCAACAAGGGCCAGAAGGUCAACCUGCACUUCAAGCAGCCCAACAUCCACGGCCGCGCUUUCGUCGACUACUCGCCCCAGGGGCGCUAUCGGCGCGACCGCUGACGCCGUUGUCGCCCACGACGGCUUCGUCGUUGGUGGUGAGGUUGGCUACGACGUCCAGAAGGCGGCUGUCACCAAGUACAGCGCUGCUCUCGGCUACACCACGCCGCUUUACAACGCCGCCGUUACCGCGACCAACUCCCUGAGCGUCUUCACUGCCUCGUACUACCAGCGCGUCAACACCGCAGUCGAGGCCGGUGCCAAGGCCACCUGGGACUCAAAGUCCGGUUCCAACGUCGGUCUUGAGCUUGCUGCCAAGUACAAGCUCGACCCCGCGUCGUUCGCCAAGGCCAAGAUCAACAACCUCGGCAUUGCGUCCCUCGCCUACAACACCAAGGUCAACUCCGGUCUGACUUUCGGUAUUGGCGGCUCUUUCGAUACCCAGAAGCUCAACGAGGCCGGCCACAAGCUCGGCACCAGCUUCACCUUUGAGGGUUAAGCGCGCGAUACCAUGUAGAGAAGAUUGAAUGCGCGAGUUCGGUUUUAGAUUCCAUUAGCUGUAUAGCGCGCGGUCCUCGUCGUCUUGGUCUGAUGUAGCGAGCGAGUGCAGUAUGGCUGUAUCACAAUACCAUCUCAUUACAAUCG